GGCUUUUUUUUCUUGCUUGGUUUGCUAGCUGGAUUUGCUUGCUUGUGAACUCUUGUUUUUAAUUGGUAUAUUCUUUUAGAUCUAAAAAAAUAUACCAAUCGAAGACAAGAGCUCAGCAAGCACACGAAUCCCAGCUAGCAAACUAGCAAAAAAAGAAGCAUCGUGUGUCAUUGGCUUAAUUUUGUGAUUGUUCGUUCUAAUUGCCAAGUCGUAUCGCAACCGGCAACUUUGAAAAUUUACUCUUAAAAUAAUUUGACAUCAAAGUUUGGUUUUUGCUUUAAAAACAUGACUUUAAAGCACGUAGUAAUAGGUGGUGGUACUGGUUUCAUAGGAUCACAGCUAAUAAAAUCAUUAAGUCUCGAGGGUAUUUCUUGCACAUGCAUUUCUCGAAUGCCAGGUCCGAAUAGAAUAUCAUGGAACAAUUUAGAACGCUAUGGACUACCAGAGAAUACAUCAGCUGUUAUCAAUGUUGCUGGGCAGAAUAUAUUGGAUAUUAAGCAACGGUGGUCGCCCGGUUUUAAACAAAAUGUCAGAAACAGCAGGGUGAAGACAACCAAGACUUUAGCAGACUCUGUACAAAAUACCAAAGCUACAGUUUUUGCUACUAUAUCAGGAGUCUCGUAUUACAAACCCAAUAAUACAAUAUAUACAGAAGAAAGCAAAUGCGAAUCUUAUGAUUUUUUAUCAAGACUUUGUCAUGAUUGGGAAGAAGCAGCAAAAUUGCCAGAAGAUUGCAACAUUAGACAAGUGACAAUAAGAUCUGGAGUCGUAUUAGGAAGAAGUGGUGGUAUGAUUAAAGAAAUCUAUCCACAAUUCUUUGUUGGUCUUGGUGGCUCAAUAGGAACUGGGAAUCAAUACAUGCCCUGGAUACAUAUCACUGAUUUAGUCAAUAUGUUUAUGUUUGUACUUAAAAAUAAUAAUGUGCAUGGUAUAUUAAAUGGAGUAGCCCCUCAGCUUAUAACAAAUAAGGAAUUUACUAAAGCGUUUGCUGUGGCAAUGAAAAGACCAGCAAUUAUACCUCUUCCAAGUUUUCUUCUGAAAAUAUUACUCAACGAGGAACGUGCAAAGAUCAUGUUGGAAGGACAAAAGGUUAUGCCAAAACGUGUUACAGAGUUAGGAUUUCAAUAUCAAUAUCCAGAUAUUGAAAGUGCUUGUAAACAACUCCUUCAAUGAAUUAUAUACUUUAAAAAAGUAUAUAUGACGAAACUAGAAAUGG